UCGAUGCGAUCAGUUGUUUUCGAGCUUAAGAGCGUGGAAGUGUUGUUCUUCUGUUUCUGUCGGUUGUUUUCAUUCGAUCGUAUAGGCAAGAAUCGAAUAACAUCGAUAAAUUACUGCGUGUAACGUAGUUUACGGCGUGAUUCGUGCGUGUAAACGUUGAGUGUUUCUCGUUUCUUUCCCUGUCGCGAAGUAUAUGCUUCCGGAGUGACAGAAUCCCGCAAAAAUCGAAGAAUGUUGGAUCGCGAUACUGCGAUACACCUCAUUGCCGGAGGAGUGGCCGGUACUGCAGGUGCAAUAGUCACUUGUCCCCUGGAAGUAAUCAAAACGCGAUUGCAAUCUUCUUCCGGUUUCUACCCACCGUCCGUCAACAAGGAGCUGACGUCCGCAUCUGGUACUUGCAAUAGUAUACCAAAAUCGGAACAGAGAAGGAGGUUGUUUACUGGAGGCUUCAUUAGAUAUAAUCUAAUCGCCAUUUCGCACUUCAGUGUGCCUCCAGGCGGCACUCCACGCUCCCACGCGGCUCCUCGUAUCUUGCAAUACAUAAGGUACAUUAUCGAGACCGAAGGGAUUCGCGCCCUGUUCAAAGGGCUUGGACCGAAUCUUGUAGGCGUCGCGCCAUCAAGAGCAAUUUACUUUUGCGCCUACUCGAAGAGCAAAGUUGCCUUUAACACAAUCCUACCGCCGGACACGCCAAUCGUUCACGUCUGCUCCGCAUUUUGCGCAGGUUUCGUGGCAUGCACGUUGACAAAUCCUAUUUGGUUCGUGAAGACCAGGCUACAGCUGGACCACCGAACGAACAGAAUCACGGCACUGGAAUGCAUGCACAGGAUAUAUUUGCAAUCGGGUAUCCGGGGAUUCUACAAAGGUAUUGUGGCCUCCUAUGUAGGAAUAAGCGAGACUGUGAUACAUUUCGUGAUCUACGAGGCUGCGAAGGCUUGGCUGGCCACGCACAGGUCCAGAGUGUCCAGGCAAGACGAUCGAAAAACGUUGCGCGAUUUUAUAGAGUUCAUGGGAGCUGGUUCAUGCUCCAAAGCAAUCGCAUCCACCAUCGCCUACCCCCAUGAGGUGGCAAGGACACGAUUGAGAGAGGAAGGUACAAAGUAUCAUGGGUUCUGGCAAACUUUGAGGACUGUCCUCACUGAAGAGGGCACGAACGGUCUGUACCGGGGAUUGUGCACCCAUCUGAUCAGGCAGAUACCAAACACGGCUAUUAUAAUGGCAACGUACGAAGCGGUGGUGUACAUCCUUAGCAGGCACUUCCAUCAGCAUUCGCGUACCAUCGUCAGCCCCAGCGGGUCACAGUUCUACGCGGAAGCGAAGGCGAAGAGAGAGCUUGCCUAGGAUUUGCUCACGACCCAUGAAUAAAGGGUCGAUAUAGCUGGUAGCGAGUCCCAAAAUCCUACGGUCUCGACGCGAACGCACUAACCCGGAUGUCCAGUCACCUCGGGUGGAGACGCGAGUUUCCGUGCUCGCGGAGCGUCAUCGGGUGGCCAGAUUUGUUACAGUUGAAGGUAGCAAAAGGUAUCACAGCGCGUUGAACGCUGUGUGCUCUGUAAGUGUAGCAAAAAGUAGUCCUUCCUCCUUUCAGGUAGCAUACAUUCACACACGGAACAGCCUGUUGUCUUGUUGUACCUCGCCGAGACACACGGAACACGAAGCAGAAGCCGAAGCUGGAAAAGUUGAGUCGGUUACUUCAGAAUAUGCGUGCGACGUGCUUCGCAGUGAUCAUAGAGAACAGUCUGUAUUUCUAUCGGUGGUGUGUGUUUACUGCUGGCAGUAAUACAGACGACAAGAGCCGUUCUAAUCUACCUCUUGUUGUUUUGGGAGUUUUCAAACUAGAAUAAACGGGAAUACACUAGUGGAUAAUGUUAUAAGACACUACUUCUGAAAAUGAAAAAGACCGUAUACAAUUAAACAAAAUUAUCACACUUUUUCGCGGUAACAAUAAAUCAACCCUCCUUUAUUUUAUACUACCUCCGAUCAUUCGAUGAGACAAACUUUUGUACAAUAUUUGCAUGAAACCUUGAUCCAAGUCUAUCCGUGCACGUUAAAUCCCUUCUUUUAACUAAUUAAUAUUAUUGUAUUGUUUGUUGCCUUCAUAUAUAUGUCAGUUUUUAAACCAAAUUUUCUUUUACAAUUCUGGCUACGUUAUCACGUUGAAAUAUAAAAUUUUUUCGAGCUGAAUUUGUAUUUUGAGUCGGAUGUAUCUUAUAAUUAUGUCCACCAGUGUAUGUUUUCGAAUUCUGUAGUCAUUUGGUUCAACUAAGCGCUAAUUGACAUAUAACAUCGCAAUAGUUGAGUCUUGAAAUACUGUGCACCCGUAUAAAAGUGGUCAUUAGAUUGCUAAAAGUAGCCGAUUAAUGAAAAAUUAAUGAAGAUUCCUGUAGUUUUUAAAGCACCCGAAAGAAAUGUAUCUAUCGAAUGCAGCACUGAGAUCCUUUUGGAUCGGUCUGGGUACAGGCUAAAAAUUAUUGAAAGACAUACAAAGAAGCAAGGUACUCCCGAGAGGAUCCAGUUUUUUCUGCUUGUCCAUAAAUUAUCUUUCUACGAUUAGUGACCAGUGACCAUUCAUAAGAACCACCAAUGCAUUGUGAUCAUUGUCUUUUAUUAUUCCUUGCAAUGCUUUUGUGUGAUUGAUACAACGGGAAAAGCUAUGAAAUGUUUACGUAUCGUUAAGAUCAGUUGUAGCAUCAUAGUUCGUGUACUACGUUGUACAUAAAUCAUGUUAGAAUGAUUGUUCCGUUUGCUUAUAUUCAGCGUUAGAAUAGAGACGUAUUAUUAUUAUUACUAUUACUGUUAUUAUUAUAUCUUGACCUAGAUAUGUUUCCUUUUUUUGUUUUGGAACCUUAAACGCUUAUUAACGAUGAAAUAAUUAGGGACUUCUGAGAUGGUUGGUGCGCGUGGAUCGUUGAUUCAGAAAAAAAAUCUUAAAAAAAAAAUCUGUUAUGGAGAGAAAGUAAUAAAGUACACAGAAAUGUAAAUAAUAUGUAUUGAUUUUCAAUUGCUUAUAUUUUGUAAAUUCACAGAAAUGUAAAUAAUAUGUAUUGAUUUUCAAUUGCUUAUAUUUUGUAAAUUAACUCCUCAGGAGUCUGCUGUGAAUUUGAUUACGGUAUCUAACGUGAUCGAAGAAAAAAUCUGAUUGAAAUGAUUAUAUACUACGUAGCAAUAGGUGCUGUGAACAUAAAAUAAAUCGCGAUAUAUAUAUACAUAUAUCUGUAGAUUUGCAGCCGUUUGUAUUUUUUCGGGCGCAUAAGAUGCGCUUUAUUACGUCACCAAAUAAAAUGAGAGAAAAAAAUUUUGUAUAAAAACGGGAGUAUUAGUUGUCAUCUCAUUUUCUAAACUGUUCCAGCGUAUACUUGGCGAGCAUACAUUGUUAAGUGAUUCGUCGAAGCAGAGAUAAAUGUUAAAGAUAAGUUACAUGUAAGAAGGUUAAUGAUGUUUUGUUACCGAGAUUUUAUCGUUCGCGCGUAGUGUUUGUAAGUUUGAUUAUGUUAUCCGUUGCAAGGCAUCGGCUAAUAAGAAUUAACAGAGGAUGUAACAUAAAAAGUUUUUAAUUUUUA